GUCGAGAGGCUAAGGUUCAGCGUGCGGGUGGGUAAACUGCUCGGCGUAGCCCCCCAGCCCAUCAUCACAAUCGAAAAUACUUAUGUAAAAAUAUUGCAGAAUAUUGUAAUAAUGCAUCCCCGGCUGAUUGACAACGGGGAGGUCCGCUCUUUCACAAACUGAACGCGGGGAAAGGGUUUUUCUCCCAGCACAAGCCAGUCAACAAACCAAGUCCAUCCGACGGUGAGCCUCUGCUUUAACGGCGUUUCUUGCCGUUCUAGAAAUUCUUUCGCAGCGCCCAACAUCAUAAGGUACCGUUUGGACCUACAUUGAUUUGAUAGGACCAUCAUAACAAAAGCACACACUCAUACAUAAUGGGUGCAUUUUUGGACAAGCCAAAGAUGGAGAAACAGAAUGCCCGUGGUGAGGGGAACGACCUGCGCUAUGGCCUGAGCAGCAUGCAGGGCUGGCGGGUGGAGAUGGAGGACGCGCACACUGCCGUCAUCGGCCUGCCGCAGGGCCUCAGUCCCUGGUCCUUCUUCGCCGUGUACGACGGGCACGCCGGCUCCCAGGUGGCCCGCUACUGCUGCGAGCACCUCCUGGAGCACAUCACCAGCAACCCCGACUUCCAGGGCGGCACCGAGCCCCAGGAGCAGCCUGACGCCACCGCUGCUGCUGCUGCUGCCGCCGCCGCCGCCGCCGCAGUCGCCGCCGCAAAGGAGGUGGCCAAGGAGCCAGAGGUCGAGGAGCCCAGCGUCGACCAGGUGAAGCAGGGCAUCCGCACGGGCUUCCUGCAGAUUGACGAGCACAUGCGCCAGAUCUCGGAGAACCGGAAAGGGGGCGGCACGACCGACCGCAGCGGCUCCACGGCCGUGUGCGUGAUGGUGUCCCCGCAGCACGUCUACUUCAUCAACUGCGGCGACUCUCGCGGGCUCCUGAGCCGCGCCGGCACCGUGCACUUCUUCACGCAGGACCACAAGCCCAACAACCCGCUGGAGAAGGAGCGCAUCCAGAACGCCGGCGGCUCCGUCAUGAUCCAGCGCGUCAACGGCUCGCUGGCCGUGUCGCGCGCCCUCGGCGACUUCGACUACAAGUGCGUGCACGGCAAGGGCCCCACCGAGCAGCUGGUGUCACCCGAGCCCGAGGUCUGUGCCAUCGAGCGCUCCGAGGCCAACGACGAGUUCAUCGUGCUGGCGUGCGACGGCAUCUGGGAUGUCAUGGCCAACGACGAGCUAUGUGACUUUGUGCGCUCACGGCUGGAGGUCACUGACGAUCUGGAGAGGGUCUGCAAUGAAAUUGUCGACACCUGUCUUUACAAGGGGAGCAGGGACAAUAUGAGUGUGGUGCUGGUGUGCUUCAGUGGAGCACCCAAGGUGUCCGCCGAGGCCGUGAGGAGGGAACAAGAGCUGGAUAAGUACCUGGAGAGCCGAGUGGAGGAGAUCCUGAAGCAGAAUGGUGAGGAGGGCGUCCCGGAUAUGGUGCAUGUGAUGCGCACAUUAGCGACAGAGAACAUCCCCAACCUGCCACCGGGAGGAGAGCUCGCCAGCAAACGAAGCGUUAUUGAAGCAGUAUACAACAAACUCAACCCCUUCAGAAAUGAGGACACAGACUCAGCCUCCACAGAAGACAUGUGGUGAUGCACUAACACACCCAGCUUUCCACCUGGUCUCCACACAGCGCCCGCAUCUUUAAAAGAAGGGAAAACAGGAGGAGGCGGAAGAGGAGGAGAAGGAGGAGGAGGAGGAGGAGGAGGAGGAGGAGAUGAACACCCUACAACAACCCCUUACGGCCCUCCUUGCUAUCUCUCCUGGGAUUUUUGGGGACUCUUGUCCACUGGGUUUCAUUCCCUCAGUCCUUCACAGACUUACAAAACCGACUUCCUUCAAGGAUCCCCCCCCCCCCCACCCCCACCCCCGCCCUCUUCUCCUAGACCCCCCCAGCCCCACCCCCCCACUCCCCCAAAAACACUCUUCAGUAUCUCCCCUGUUCCCUCUCCUAUCAACACUGGCGUUAGACCUCUGCAACCAACACCCACUCCCUCCCUGCAAACCAGCGCCUCCUUUUGCAGCCUCCAACAGCAUUAUCUCCUGCAUCCAAUGUUUUACCAACCAGCAACUACCAUCCCUCCGACAGUAUCAUUACACUCUACCCUAAACCCGAAUCCUUACUACAGCUUGUCAAACCGUUGGUUAAAACAAAUCUUUUUUUUUUUCGUUUUUUUUUUAUUUUUAUUUGAUUUCAAUUCAUUUUGAUCUACAGUUUUCUUUUUUGUGGUGUACAGUUGUCUAGUGCAAAAGUGAAGUCUGUAUCAAAUGCAGCUAAAGUGGUGGGUUGAAAAAAAGCUGAUGUUAAAAAAGGAAAAAAAAAAAGAUAAAGAAGGCUGCCUCGCACAGCCCUAGGUCCCCACUAUCCCCAAUGGUCACCACCACCACCACCGCCACCACCACCACCACAUAUCACUCAGUGUGAUUGUGUGUUCCUUGAAGAAACGGGUAAUUGACAUGGGCUUAGAGCAUGUUCAGUUUUUAUUGAUGUUUUUUUUUGUUUUGUUUUCUUUGUUUGUUUUCUUUGUUUUUUGUAUACUAAAGCACUUGCUUUGUACGGUAAUCUUUCUCCAUGCUCAGUUCUGUUAUCACAAUGUUCACAUGUCAAACCCUCUCAUGUUGACACUAUCUCUUGAUCUCGAGACUUUACAUUUCCACAAAAGACAGAGCCGAACUAUUCCUUAUACCAAGCUAAGCUAAUCUGUUUUGUGCUUUAGUGUGCGUGUGCGUAUGUCUGUGUGUCUGUGUGUGUGUGUGUGUGUGUGUGCGUGCUUGAGAGAGAGAGAGAGAGAAAGAGAGAUCUCUGAAUGGAUCAUAUGGGUAAACAUACUAUGUGCUGUCAUUGCGUAUGCUUUUUUGUUUAAGAAAGCUCCUUCAGUACAUUUACUGGGGUGUUGCAGAAGAGGCUGGUGUAGAAUAGAAAGGAAUGGAACUGUGCCCCCCCCCUCCCCUCCCCCUUUCUGUUCACACACACACACACACACACAUACACACAUGCACACAUGCCACUCAUCCACCCAUUGGCCCACUUUACUGCCCCCUGUCUCUGUAUAUUUGGAGUAGGCUGGUGUGAGGAGAGAUGGCAUCUAAUGUUCAGGAACCACACAGACCAUAGGCCUGGCUUAAGUAUGGCUGUACUGGUUGGUCAGACCAACAGUAAGUCGAGGAAAAAAAUCUCCAGAAGCUGGUUUCAAAUGGUUGUAGUGUGAAAAGAGUUGAGUUUCUUUUUUACAUGUUGGAAAUGGCUUGAGCUUUUACAUUUCUUUACUGUAUGACUUUGAAUGAACUGUAAGGAAGAACAAAAAUCUCCAUGAAUGCUCUGAGCUUGUCUGUGUAGAGCGUAUCCCUGUCGUAGAAGAGGUGUGCUGGCUGUCCUAUAGGCCAAGGGAGAAUAGUUUGCUGCUAUAGUGUUUGAAUGAUUGAUGCAUCUGACUGGUUAGUGGGUUGAUUGAUUUGAUUUGAUUGAUUAAUUGAUUCUUGCAUUGGUAACUUAACCCUCCCCAUGCCCCUUCUUUGUGCAGUUUUUUGUCAGUGAAACUGUUUGUAACUUAUUAAGAAAAUAUAAAAGGUAUUGUGGCUAAUUAUAGUACGAUAAUGAUUAUAAUAUUCCCCCCCUGGACAAAAUAAGGAAGAGCAAGUAAUGUUGGUAGUCAAGGCUUUGGCCGUAAAGGAUUUUACUUUUUAAGUAUCUAGGUUUUUGGAUAGAUCAUUGUGAAGAAAAUGGUUGUAUGGAUAGAGCAUCUUGGUGAGUGUACCCUUCAGUGUCUGGACACUAAAAUUAGUUUUGUGAUUUGCAGCCCCCUCUGACCCCGAAGACUGACAAUCAGACGACGUUAAGCUAACCCUGGCUUCCCCUCGUUGUGUGUCUGUUAAAUUUGGCUUCAACAGCGCAUGCUUUUUUUGGCCCAGCUAUAAGCAGUUGAAUAGUCCCCUCCCCUUUCUUCAUUUUAACACGGUCUCUGUUGUUUUUUGCACAGCUGUCGCAAACAAAUUGAACAAAUUUAGCAAAUGUCCUCAAAACAGUGUUUAAAACAAUGUGGCAUUUGGUUCUUGCCCUUUGCACACAAUUUAAUGAUGUACUUUACGUAUAAAAAUUGUCUCUGUGAUGUGGCCCUAAUGUGCAUACCUUGCCGUAAAUAUAAAAUUAAAAAAAAAAAAAAUCCAUUGUCACACCAAUUUUAGGAUCAUUAAUAAUAAUAAUAAUAAUUAAACAUACUGUGUGGAACUGAAUCCUUUAGUGUAGAUGUGUUUAUGGCCUACAUCCUUUCCCCAAUGUCAUUGUGUGCAAAGGGAACCAAAAAAAAGAAAGAAAAAAAAACAAUAUGAUACGUUGGUAGACCCUCACACCACACACACCUAACAAAAGCAGUGUUUUUACCUCUGUUUUGAGUGGAUGUGAGCGAUCUUCUGUUCACAGUCAAGCUGCUCUAAAGAAACGCCCUGAUCAUCUGUUGUGCACAUAAGCUAAGCUAUUUUUAUUAAAUGAUUAAUAUGUAUAUUUGUACUCAUUUAUAAAUAUGUACACAAAUGAAGUAAUCAAGGAAAAUCAGUCCUCCUCUUAACCCAUUCAGAUCCUCGUAAACUGUUUUUCUGUCUGUCAUUUUAAUAUUUUCAGACUGGAAAUAAACCUAUUUUAUUUGA